AUGGAUGGAUGGAAGGAGCCUGUAGGAGCCAUGAUGUCCAAAGACAAUGGCAGCACCACCACAACAUCACCUCUGGGUAUGUAUAUUAGAAUAUUAUGUCCCAUCAUAUUUUAAAUAGAAUAACUUUGUAAUAGAGACACAUUAAAUAUUAUGAUGAUGAUGAUUGGUAAUGUGAGUUCACAUUGGCUGCCAUGCAACAAAUGCCAAUCACUGAUGUCUGAAUUGUAUUCCUGUGUCAACAGUCAACCAGUCCUGUGAGGAGCUGAAGUGCUAUAUGGUCCUGAUCGAGGUGGAGAAGAGAGCCAUCGGCUCCAUUUGUUUCCUGGCCGGACCCUUCACUUUCCUGGAGAAUGCGUUGGUCCUGGGUGUGAUCGCCACCACCGCCGCCCUGCGCCAGCGCCCCUCCUACCUCUUCAUCGGCAGCCUGGCCCUGGCCGACGUCUUUGCCAGCUGCUUCUUCACCACAAGCUUCCUGGACUUCCACCUAUUCCACCGCCUUGACGGCCCCAUCGCCUUCCUCUUCAAGCUGGGUGGUGUGACGAUGGCUUUCACCGGCUCGGUGGGUAGUCUUCUGCUGACUGCUCUGGACCGCUAUCUGUGUAUACAUCAGGCGUCUAGAUAUAAAGUGGUGUUGACGCGCCGCAGGGCCCUGUUGGCUCUCCUGGCCCUGUGGAGCGCCACCAUCCUCAUCUCUUUCCUCCCUCUGAUGGGCUGGAGGUGCCCCACAGGGCUCAGCCCGCCCUGCUCGCUCCUCUUCCCAUACAUCGACCACCGCUACCUGGCCUGCUGGGUCGUCUUCAUCCUGGUGCUGCUGUCACUCAUCCUGGGCGCCUACACCCUGAUCCUGUGGAGGGCCAAUCGGCAUGAGGCCUCCAUGACGGGCCUCCAGGGGGCGCCUAUCGGUGGUCAGGCCCGCAUGCGGAUGGACAUCCGUUUGGCACGUACCCUGGGCCUGAUUCUGCUCAUCAUGGUGGGCUGCUGGCUGCCAACCAUCUCCUUCAUGCUGGUAGACGUCUCGGUGCAGCUCACACACGCCCAGCAGAGGGCCUUUGCUUUCUGCAGCACCAUGUGCCUGGUCAACUCAGCCGUCAACCCACUGCUGUAUGCCCUGCGCUGCCGGGAGCUGAGGGUGGCAUUGAUGCGGCUGUUGGGGGGCCUGAGUGAGAGGCUGGGGUGCUGCCAGAGGCACGUAGGGGGAGACACGACCCCUGCACUUCCCUUAAGCGAGGGCAACAGCUGUAGCGCGCACUCCGAGGGUGAGGCGCCCAGACUCACUAGCUGCCGACAGAACACAGUCUCAGAAAUGGUGGACAAGCAGCAGCUGGACAUGACUGGGAAAUAAGAAGGGAGGAGAGGCUUACUGUAUAUCAGGGUUAUAGCAGUGGAGUGUUGUGAACUUGUGUUUCUUCUGUUGUGUUCAUAGCGUUAAGGAGGUAAUGUCUCUAAAAUGAACUGUGAUAACAGGGACCAAAACAAAGAUAUCGACCAUGUUAGCAUAAAUUGGGUUGACCCACCUACGAGCCAAGUCACUCAGAGAUAAUAUUAUUUCAUAAUUUGUCCAAGGGACAUUAUAGAUUUUUUUAUUUUUUACAAACCAGUAGAAAUUAGGGGAAUUAUUCCAAAUUAACACAUUUGGGAAAACAACAGCAUUGUUGGUGUUGGCAGUGUAAAGGUAGAUAGCUAUGUGUAUCCUAUGCUUGUUUUCGCUUGAGUGUUUGUCCUUUAGCGUCCAGAAGAGGAUCCUGUCGGGUUCCCAUCUGCACAUAAAUACCUCUCCUGAACAGAGGCCCUGUGGAUUGUAAACAAUGUCCUCCACAUGUGACUGCAAGCAGUGUCGAGAUCAGGGGCGUAGGCAAGGAUGGGCCUGGGUGGGUCCACUCAGAAAAAAAAGUGGUCCACUCAGAUUUUGUAUUAUUUAUUUUAAUAUUUUUUUAUGCUCUUUACUUGUCAGUGUUCCAAAUGGGACAUUAUUUGUCUUUUUACCUAAAUAUGCAAACACUAUCAGAAUUCAUAGCAAGCAGUGCACUGGGUUAGUUAGAUUUGAUUAAAUAUAAUGGAACAGAUUACCUGGAAUGACAUAACUUGCCAAAAAGAACAAACUGAAAGUCACACCCCCAAUGAGCCACGAAUAUGACUGCAUUGAGGCAUAUGUCACUGUGCUUCUAUGGCUAUAUGCACCAUGCCACUGCCUAUUUCAUUUGUUCAUUUAGCAAACAAGACAGCUCAUAAUCCAAUGCCUUUAUCACAGUCAACACAUCUAUAUUUUAGCUGUAAUUAGCUUUAAAAAUGCUACAUUUUCUCUCAGCUUCAUGGCAAAAUGUGUAGAAUAGCAUGAGAUUAGUAAAAAAACUGCACAUUUUCCUCUCUGUCCCAUGGCAAAAUGUGUAGAAUUGCAGGAAAUGUGCUUUAAAACACCAACAUGUUGUCUCAGCAACAUGGCAAAAUGUGUAGAAUAGCAUGAGAUUAGCUAUAAACUGCACAUUUGUCUCUGUUCCAUGGCAACAUUUCUGCAGGCCCACCCACAAAUUUCUGCCUACGCCACUGGUCGAGAUAAGUGGGGCACAGGUCAGAAAGAUAGAGAGUCACCCAACACAGAGCGUAGAACCCUAUUUUCUAUAGAACACUACAAAUGGCAACUAUAGUUCACAAAGUCAUUUUAGUAGAUCGAUCACAAAACAAUCAAACACAAAGGUGUAGAUGUUUUGUCUUAAUUAAAAAAAUAACAUUUUAUUUGUCACAUUCUUCUUAAACAACAGGUGUAGACUAACAGUGAAAUGCUUAAUUGCGGGUCCUUUUCCAAAAAUGCAGAGUUAAAGAUAAAACAUAGAAAUAGUGGUAUGAGGAAUAAAUACACAGUGAAUAACGAAUAACAAUAACGAGUUACAAUAACAUGGCUAUAUACAGGAAGUACCAGUACCGAGUCGAUGUGCAGGGGUACUAGUCUAAGCUCUAAGCCAUUAAAAGUAAUGCCAGGCUGUAUACACAUGAAAAAAAAAAAUGAUAUCCCUUAAUUAGUCAAUCGAUUUCUUCUCUUCAGCUCCCAGUCUCCUGUUAAAGUGACAAACUACACUGCUGCUAAGACAAUUUGGUGUCUCCUCUGCAGCCUUUGAAAGAAAGUGUUGGGUGUUUAUAGUCCCCCUUCCCUACCAGAUAAAAUCAAGAGGACAAUCCUUCUGAACACAGAUGACAGUCUGGAGACAGGGAGUCUGCCAUUUCAGGUCAGAGAACAGUGGGGAAAAAAGACAGACAGCAUGGUUUCUGUGAAGGGGUGAGAUGGCAGAAACUAUAUAGAGAGAGAGACUGAGUCAUUUCUGGGUAACAAUUAAGUACCUUACUGUGAUUGUUUUCAAUUAAAAUGGUCAAAAAGAAAAAAAAAUAGUUUCUUAGCAAAGAGCAAUGUCUGGGAGUGGUCUGAGUGGGGAGGGGCAAACUGAAAACUAGCUGUUAAUGGCAGAGAGGUUUGGAACUCUUUCUUAUAGACGGGUUGUCUGACAAUGUCACGAAAAUGAUGUGCAUGCAUCGAUGUGGCCGGAACGACUGUGUGAUCUCACUCUCCGCUGCAGAUACGACUGGGGGAUCUCGCUCUCCGUAGGCCUCUGGGCCAGACAGAAUACCAGGAUGCGUACUUAGUGCAUGCGCUGACCAGCUGGCAAUGUCUUCACUGACAUUUUCAACCUAUCCCUCACCCGGUCUGUAAUACCAACUUGUUUCAAGCAGACCACCAUAGUCCCCUUGCCCAAGAACGCCGACGUAACCUACCUAAAUGACUAUCGCCCACGUAGCACUCACAGCUAUAGCCAUGAAAUACGUUGAAAGGCUGGUUUUGGCUCACAUCAACACCAUCAUCCCAGACACCUUGGACCCACUCCAAUUCGCAUACCGCCCCAACAGAUCCACAGAUGACGCAAUCUCUAUUGCACUCCACACUGACCUCUCCCACCUGGACAAAAGGAAUACCUAUGUAAGAAUGCUGUUUGUUAAAACGGCCAGCUUCAGUCAGCUGAUUCUAGCCAUCCCUUCUGGUUAGUUCUAGUCAGGCAGCUUAGUCUCCCAUUCAGAGGACCCCCACUUUUGUUAGUCGCUUAUUGGUUAAUGUCAUGCCAAAUACUUAUCACCACAUCUCGUUCAGCCUAUCAGUGGCCUUGAUUCCCGGGACCAGUUUCAGUUAGUCUAUGACCCAGCACGCUGUGUGCAGUGUUGCCAAUUUAGCGACUUUGUCGCUAUAUUUAGCGAGUUUUCAGACCCCUCUAGCGACACAUUUUCAAAAAAGCGACUAGCGACAAAUCUAGCGAAUUUUUCUGGUGUUAUUGGAGACUCUGACGUGAAAGCACGUAUCGUUCUUACUCUUCUCGACGAGCAGCGGGUGCUGCAGUGGGCCCCACCCUGGGCCAGCUGCAGUCAGAGCAGGAGAUGUUCACCCCUCCGCGUCCACAAUGCAAAUGAAUCGGGCAUGCGGGAAGCCGCCGCUGGCUGAUCCCGCCCUGGCUUACAUUCAGGGCGGGAUGUAAAUGUAGGGUGUUUUUUACUCACUUUUUGUCUCUCCCACAACGUUUUUCCUCUCUCCACAGUGUCCAUCACAAUUACAUGCACAUGGCCAAUUAUGCAAAUUAGGUGAUGACGUCAUUUAGCGACUUCUAGUGACUUUUAGGACAGCCAAUAGCUACUUUCCUUACUGAGGAGUUGGCAACACUGGUGUGUGUGGUCAGAAAUGUGCUUUCCCCAUCCUAAUGAGCAUUUCCACAGUUUUCCCUCCUGCUGAACUUUUCCUCCUGUGGACUGAAUCCCUGUAUGUCUGAUGUUUAAUUGUGCGUGCAUCUAAACGUAAGUGCCUUGAAAUCUGUGUCAUAUUAUGUGGAGCUAAGUUUUGUGGUCUAUUGUGUAUAAUUACCGUGUGUUGAGCUUGUUAGCUAGCUCGCGCUCCUGCUAGUGUUAGCACUACCGUUAGCAUUUUGCAUUGGAAUGCAUUAGCAUUUUAGCAUGACUGUUAGUGAUUAGCCGUUUAUUAGCAUUUCUCAUUUAUGGUGCUAGGCUAUUUUCUAUUCUAUAUAUAUAUAUAUCACUCAUCCUCAUUUUAUUUAUAUUAUGUAUACAUUUCAACAUUACUGUAAUGUUUAUUUGAGCACAUUUGCCUGAGUUUCAUGUGUACAAAUCUAAUAGUUUGUGUAGUCUAUUGCCAUGUGACUAGGCCUAAUGCCUGCUGUAGUGUAUAGCCCAGUCUAUUGCCAUGUGACUAGGCCUAAUGCCUGCUGUAGUGUAUAGCCCUUGCUGUUAUAUACUUACCUGUGCUAGCUUAUACAGCCAUGGCAUUCAUAUUAUAGCAGUGCUAUAGUCUACAUGUUCUUUCUCCGCUUUCCUUUCAGAACCACAUAGUUAAUGUCAGUUAUCACUGGACAUGAUUCUCAGUUAUCUGAACCAUGAGUGGUCAGAUGUGUGUUUGAUGUGUGUAUGUGGAUGUGGACAUCUUAUUCCAUUAAACUCCCCUUAACCUGAACACCCGCCUCAUCCUUGUUCUGACUGGACAGUCUGUAGUGGUUGCUACCAGCCUGAGGCCAGCACCUAAGGUUGCUUAUUACAUUCAUGGUCCUUCGAUUCUCUACAACACUCCACUCUAUUUUACACUGUUCAUUGAUUACAGCUCAGCAUUCAACACCAUAGUCUCCUCCAUGGGACGGAACACCUCCCCUGUAACUGGAUCCUGGACUUCCUGACGGGCCACCCCCAGGCGGUGAGGGUAGGCAACAACACAUCUGCCACACUGACCAUCAACACAGAGGCCCCUUAAGGGUGUGUGCUUAGUCCCCUCCUCUACUUCCUGUUCACCCACGACUGCGUGGUCGCACACGACUCCAACACCAUCCUCAACUUUGCUGACGACACAACAGUGGUAGGACUGAUCAACAACGAUGAGGCAGCCUAUAGGGAGGAGGUCAGAGACCUGGCAGUGUGGUGCCAAGACAACCUCUACCUCAACGUCAGGAGCUAAUCAUGGACUACAGGAAAAGGGAGGGGCGAGCACGCCCCAAUCCACAUCGAUGGGGCUGUAGUGGAGCGGGUCGAGAGUGUUCAAGUUCCUCUGUGUCUACAUCACUAAGGAAUUAACAUGGUCUACACACACCCACACCGUUGUGAAGAGGGAACGACAGCGCCUCUCCCCCCUCAGGAAGCUGAAAACAUUUGGCAUGGGCCCUCAGAUCCUCAAAAAGUUAUACAGCUGCACCAUUGAUAGCAUCUUGACUGGCUGCAUCACUGCUUGGCACGGCAACUGCAAGGCACUGGACCGCAAGGCGCUACAGAGGGUGGUGAGUACGGCCCAGUACAUCACUAGGGCCAAGCUCCCUGCCAUUCAGGAAUUCUAUAUCAGAGGAAAGCCCAAAAAAUUGUCAAAGACUCCAGCCACCCAAGCCAUAGACUGUUCUCUCUGCUACCGCACAGCAAGUCUGGAACCAACAGGACCCUGAACAGCUUCUAUCCCCAAGCCAUAAGACCGCUAAACAAGACUGCUAAAUAGCUAAUCAAAUGGCUACCCAGACUACCUGAAUUGACCCUGUUUUAACUAACUUUCUUUCACUGACACACACUGGACUUUACCUACACACAUACUUACACUGACACCCCAACACACACAUACACACACACACCCACAAACACUAAAUAUGCCCACACACAUGUAUACUGAUGCCACACACACAAACGCUGCUGCUACUGCUUCACAUACGCUGCUGCUACAGCUCAGUCUAUUAUCUAUCCUGUUGCCAAGUCACUUUACCCAUACCUAUGUGUACAUAGCUACCUCAAUUUCCUCGCACCCCUGCAUAUCGACUCGGUACUGGUACUCCCUGUAUAUAGCCUUGUUAUUCUUACUUUUUAUUUUUAUUCAUUAUUCACUGUGUAUUUAUUCCUUGUGUCACUAUUUGUAGUAAAAAAAAAAAAAAUGUUUAUCUGCAUUGUUGGAAAAGGACCCGUAAGUAAGCAUUUCACUGUUAGUCUACACCUGUUUUUUACAAAGCAUGUGACAAAGAAAAUUCGAUUUGAUUUGAAGCCGUGUUUUGUUAUGAUUCUGAACGGUCAGAUAGCUAGCAACAAUGACAAGAAACUGUCAUGUGGGGAAUCGUAGGUGGCUCAUUUCAGCUAGUUGUAUCUUGUUCUUGAUACCAUGUCUUUUGCGUUAUUUUGACUUAUUUCAUUUUAAUGCUAAUAUGACUCAAAUUCACUAUCUAGCUAACCAACAACUGUAACGAUGUAUUUGAGAGACAACAAGUGCUUAUUGUGCAAAUGUAUUUAUGUUUUCAAUAAACAUUUGGUGACUAAAUAUAAUUUACAUGUUGUCAACAAUGUAAGCCAACCCAAUCUGUUUUGCCUCAUAGUUGCACACGUGUUGGUUUUGUUGCUAAACAACCAAUCCGUCUAUUGGUCUAUGAACUAAUUCACCGCCUGUUGAUGUCACCAGGCAGGCAGGCCAAAACUCCAUCCCACCAACAAUUUCAGGCGGUCUUUUCAAACAGCUCUUACACUAAAAGGGCAUUAUCGUAAUUUUCCCAAUUUCACAGUAUUAUUCCAACGUCAUAGUGUGGAAAUAUAUAUAUAUAUAUAUAAAAACACAGAGAAAUCACAUUUUGACUGCACUAGGCCUUUAAGACAAGGUGGCAGACAAGAUGACCACAGAUAAUACAUCCAUGUCAAUAUAUAAAGCAUGUCCCUCUCAGGUACUAGGGACCAGAAACACAAUGAAUAACUCACUAAUGAUUUGACUUCAAUGUUUAUGUGCAACCAUACAUGACAUGUUACACUCUGAAUGAAAAAUAUGAGGAUGUAUGAAUCGAAAAGGACAUGCAAAAGGAAACCUCCCUUGUGCAGAGGGCUCUAGGCUAACUGGUACACAAUGCAAUGUAUCCUUUCACCUGCAGUGUCACAAUGGACUCAGUAUGUCAUUAAAUGCAUCACAAUGAGCAAAUGUUUAGGACGGAUUCUUGCAGAGACCGUGGCAUAUUAACCUAUGAGGAACCUUGGCAAAAUCUAUCAAUUUGUGGUUCAAAGGUUUUCCCUGUGAUAUUCUUUGCAAUAUUGAAAACCCAUGGAUGAAAUAAUAUGAAGGCAAAAAGCAAGAGGGGAGGUGAGACUGCAAAGUAACCAGAACUAAUUAAAUUGAGCAUCUAGAGCUAGCCUGGGUGCCAGUCUGUUUUUGCUAUCGUGCCUACUGUCACUCAUUGUCAUGUUUGUCUUGGCAAUAAGCAAUGUGGUUGGAAAGAGCAGCAACAGAUCUGCUGCUCUUGCUUGAGUUGCUCAACAGUAAUUUAUAAAGACAUCAUUUAUGGGAAGUGAAGGGACAUUUGAAACGCCCUUGGUUUUCAUUGAUGUAUGUAAAGGGGGAAUACAGUGUUUUAAUUUAGUAUUUAUAAAGAACAUGAUAGACAACAGAUACUUACUGUAGCCUACCUGUUAAAAGGAGCAGAGCAGUCACUCUCGUGAACAUCAAAUUUGAGUUAAACUGAAAACAGUCGUCAUAAAAGAAAAGGGGUGGAUGACAAGAAUAAACAUGUAAAGUAGUACAUUUAUUGACAAAAUGUAUCACACAUGUAUGUAGAAUCGAUAAUAUUUUAAAUAAAAUCUAAAUAUCACAAUUAUGCUCUAUACGAGAAAUUCUACGUGAAUAAUUUUUUUUCCGAAAUCUACAUUCACCCUCUUUUUGUCGAAUGGUACGGUCGGCGCUUGUGACGUUUUAGAAAUUCAGUCGGUAGGCAGGGCAGUUGACUGGUUCACUCUCCCGGUUUCAGCAAACCGUUGUUGUGAAGAGAGAGGAACGGGAAAGAGAAGGGUCGAGUACAGCAUUUUUAGAAGAUAUUUAACGUUUAGACCUCACGUUUUGCGGGUCGUAUAUCUUCGUUGUCUCUUUUGCUCAGGCACCAUGGCGUGUGGAGCUACGUUAAAACGCUCGAUGGAGUUUGAGGCCCUACUCAGUCCCCAGUCUCCUAAGCGAAGAAGGUGCAAUGCACUACCGGGGGCUCCAAGCACUCCGUCCCCUCAAAGAUGCAACCUCCGUCCGCCAGUUGACUGCCCAUCAUCACACUCGAUGUCUCCCCCGGCUAUGGGAGGAGAACACAGGCUAACUCCA